GGUUGGUUAAUAUGUGAGGAGCCAACUUGCCAGAAUCGAACCCGUCGACUUCCCCUGAGUUUUUCCCGGAGUGGCCCUGUGUGCCAGGCCUGCAGGAAGGCUGUUCUGAGACCAGAGUAUUCUGAUAAGGCCCUGUACACUCAGCUCUGCUUUUACCGAUAUAUUUUUGAUGUGGAUUAUGUGAUGGAUAAAGUGAUUACUGAAGAUGAUAAGGAGUAUUUGAAGAAGCUGCUCAGGAGGGAAGUCUCUGAGGCAUACAAAAGACUGAAGAGCACCGUAGACAAAUGUCUGUCCAUGAGCGGCUACUCGGAAGUGAACCUCGGCAAACUCUUUACCGUCAGUAUAGGAAGAUCUGUGGGAGAGUCCAAUAAUUAA